CUAUACAUCAAUUUUUUCUCCUUUUUCGGGGUUCUCCGAUUUUGUUUUUUCAUGUGGGUCCCAACAUAAUUACCGACCAUGCAAAUAGGAAAUACCGACAUUCGUUAUAACAGUGAUGGCGGUUCUAUAUUGGUGUUUUGUACUGGAGAUCAGAAUAUCGUGGACAUGGGGAAGAAAAAUAAUCAAUCGAACUUCUUCUUCAGAACUACGCCACCAACGACGAUCAGCAAAACUUUGAAAUGUCGCAAAUGUAAUCUCAUUCGGUUGCUUUCUGUAUUAUUCGCCAUCUCGAUAUUAUAGCCUCAAAGGUUAAUAUUCGAAGUUUUGGAAAACAUUUCGAUUGUCAUUGCCAUAAUAAAGGUGUAUUUUUGAACAACUCUUUUUUUUGAAAUUUCAAUAAAAAUCAUCCAAAAAUAACAUCUGAAAAUCGCAUCAAUAACACAUUAUAAUCAUCAAGCGUUGCUGGGUAUCAUUUGAAAGAAAUCGCUGCAGAGAAAGAACAAUGAGCUGUAUCUCCAACAAGAAACAAUGGAAUUUGCUUGCCGCGUAUCACAGCAAAAAAAUACUUUUCAGACUCAGAGUUAAGUAACAAUAUCGAAAGUUUUUGGAUUAAAUAAGAAUUAUAAACAAAUAUAGUUGUAAUAAUAAGGUAUUUGUAAUAAUUUAUAGAGUUUAAGAAAUACUAUUUGGAAAAUAAGAACUAAAAAACUUAUUAUUAGAAGAGUCUCUGUAUUUCAGCUAGAAAAAUAUUAUGGAGCUUAGUUAGCGCAAUAUAUGCAAAUAAUGAUCUCAGGGACCAUACUCAAUGGAACUCACAACGAUAGAAUUGAGGCCUCGUCUCCAAUCCUGCAACAUAUUUGUUUGUUUGCUAGGAAUCGCAGAUUCUAGUAGUAUUCAAGUUAAAUUGUACAAAGAUUACGUUACAUUGAGAGUAAACAGAAAUGUUUACAACUUGUUGCUUGGCUCUGUAAGAAUUAUACCAACUUCGUUGUCUAGUCUGAGAGUAGCCGGCUCUUGGGUUUCUUUCAGAAUUCAAACGAGUCCAUCAGAUUCUUUGUACGGCUCAUUUGUAACAGAACUCGUGGGUACAUCGAGCUUGAAAAGUGACAAUUGUUUUUCCUCCAGUAGUAUAGAAUUGCCACCAAAAAAUGCUGAUCUGAUUUUUUCAUGCUCUUGCUGUGAAAAUCCAGUGACAAAAUUAAUAAAUCUGAAAAAAAUAUUACCGCUACCAAACAACGAUUGUGACCCGGCAGAUUUUUUCUGCUGCUCUCACAAUGGAGAAAAUUAUACAAAACUGUUGGAACCCCGAGUUUGUGACUAUUUCUAUGCGCCAUACUUUGCAGUCCUGAGCAAAGAAAAUUUUGAUGAAAGAUUAAAGAUAAACAAUGAGUCUGUUGUUUGUAACAGAUGUUUAACUGUUAUUGGCACACCGAACAGUAAUUUUUCACUGAAAAUCUGGAAUUGUUGCAUGGAAUACACAAAAACUAACGGCGAUUCGACAACAGUGCAAAAACGAUCAAAUCCUUUGGCUGAUUUCAAAGCAGCUGUGAAAAGUUGUUGCUCCGAUGCUUUCACUAAUAAUAGAAUCUUGUUGGAAGCUAGGGAACGCGGCUCGACUCAUUAUCUGCUACUAAAACCGAUGGAAUGGAAUCUCGAUUUACUCGUCGAACCUUGUGAAAUUGAAGAUUCACGAGCUAUUAACUUGUCGCGUAAAAAAGUUGUCAAAGUACUGUAUAAUUAUGGCGAAACAAAAACUAGUCUCAAGAGCGAAUGUGAGGAUGCGAAACUACUCAAAAUUGGAUCAAAAUGUAUGCUGGCUGGUAUCGAACAUUUGUUGUUAUCAUCGAAACGAAUACCGCCUAUUUAUCGAAACGCUAAUGAAGAUCACAUUGGAUACAUGAGCCUUGACAUAUCCGAUAAACUUUAAAAAUACAAGGAAUAUCAAAAUUCAUUUUUUUCACAACGGUGUUGAAAAAAUUACAAUUUAAAUUAAUGCUACACAAUGAGACGAUAGAGAUGUUGAAAAAAAAACCAACUUCCGGCUAAUAGAUGAAAAAAAAUCAAUGUCAAUUGAUUAAUCAACAAAACAGUGUAUACGAAUAAUGCAACGAUCGCUUUCUCUUCUACAUAUUUGCAUAUCUAUUUUUUGUAAUUUAUUUCCAUGAACUGAAUAUUAUACAAAGGGUUCGUCCUUUCGUACAUCGUUUUGAGAUUAAUACUCAUAUUGCCUUUGUGAAGUUCCUUGUGACGUGAAUUCGUGAACAAAACAAAAUCAUAUUUUUGUUAAAGUCCAGUUUUUAAAAUGUAUAUGUAUAUAUAUAUAUAUAUAUCUUAUGAAUAUUGUCUAGUCUAAUGCCGACAAUAAAUUGAUAUACUAUACAGAUUCACUAGUGUAUACAGUAAUUAUACAUUUAUACGCCAUUUCAAACUCAAUCAUUUGAAAAGAUGAUGGAGCGACCUCGAUCCAAAUCCAAUUGUCAAUUUGACAAAAGGUUGAUACAUUAACGCGUGUAUUAUGUAAAAUUAAUAAAUAUUCGUAUAAUGGUUAAUUAUUGGAAAAAAGCUAAAAAAGAAAAUAACGUAUAUUUGAAGGAAGAAUUUCUAUUUUCGUUUUUUUUACUGUAUAAGAGAGAUAAUAAUGUGGAAAAUUCAUAAGAGCCCAAAAUGUGUUAGACCCAGUCGUAUAUGUAUAAAUGUUCGAAAGGAGCUUACGUGUAAAAUAGAACGAUGAAAAAUAUAACUCAUCACGAUACAAGAAGUGUAUGCGAAUGGGCUUCUUUCUUUGUCAGACUUCACAAAAAUAAAUUCUAUCGAGAA